ACCGGGGUGGCCACACAGGGGGAGCAGCGGAUACCGGCAGGGUUUGGGAGCAUCCCCGAGUGGGUACCGGAGGGCACGGAGGAGUCCCGAGGGGCCCCGGCCGGGGUACUGGGACGCUGGUGAAGGUACCGAGGGGUGCUGUGCUGCUCGGGUGAGGGCAUCGGCGGCUACCGGGGUGCUGCGGCGGCGGUACCGGGGGGUACCGGGGCGUGCCGCCCUGCCAUUCUCUCCAGCAACCCUUCUCCGGAGGGCGCCCAUUGGCGGAGCUGGAUAUUCCCCCCCGCCCCGCGGCCAAUGGGCCGGGGGGGGCGGUGCCUCCCAUUGACAGAACCGGCGCGGCGGUGUUUACCGGGGGCGGCGCGGGGGGCGGAGCGGCGGCGCCUAUAAGAGCGGCACCGGGGGGCGUGCGGCUCCUGGGCUGCCCGCGCCGCCCCCGCGCACCCCCUGACCCGGACCCGCCGCAGCAUCCCCGCAUCCCCCGCCACUGGAGCAGCCACCGACUUCACUGGGGAAGCAUCCCCGGGGCGGCGCGGAGCCCCCGCGGCGUGCAGCAUCCCUGGGCCGGUACAGAGCAUCCCCGAGCGAGCGCGGAGCAUCCCCGGACCAGAGCGCUGCGGAGCACCCCGGAGGCGGAGGCCACAGGGCCGGCUCGGGGUCCCUCCGGAGCAUCGCAGCGGCCGCCGCUCCGGCGGAGCCGCCCCCGCCGUGCGCCCCCAGGCCCCGGCGCGGCCCCCUGCGCCCCGCCCCGCCGCCGCCGCCCGCUCCGCACAAUGGGGGCGGCGCGGCGCGGCGCGUAGCGGCGGGCGGGGAGGCGGCGGCGGCGGCGGCGGGCGGGGAGGAGGAGGAGGAGGAGGAGGAAGAGGAGGAGGCGGUGUGGUCCCGGGCCCCGGCAUGGUGCAGCGCGGCACACGGGGCCGGGGCGUGGAGGCUCGGCGGGAGCCCUGCGCCCCGCUGCCCACCCGCGACGCUGAACCCGCCUGGUGCAAGACGCCGAGCGGGCACAUCAAGCGGCCCAUGAACGCCUUCAUGGUGUGGUCGCAGCACGAGCGCCGCAAGAUCAUGGACCAGUGGCCCGACAUGCACAACGCCGAGAUCUCCAAGCGCCUGGGCCGGCGUUGGCAGCUCCUCCACGAUUCUGAGAAGAUCCCCUUUGUCAAGGAGGCUGAGCGCCUGCGUCUCAAGCACAUGGCCGACUACCCCGACUACAAGUACCGGCCUCGGAAAAAGGGCAAGGUGGGCACCGGCACAUCCCGUCCGCGGCUCCCGGUGAAGAUCAAGCCCUCCGUGCUGGGCCGUGUCUCCGCCAGCCGCCGGCAGCCAGCCAAGCCGCCCGACGCCUCCCAGAAGCCCAUGCCAGAGGUGCCCACUGAGGACCGCACCGUGGCACCCGGCACAGCCACCUGGCACCUGGCACCCAGCGGGGAGCAUGGCCCCCAGGAGCCCCCUGCAUCCCCAAGCCCCACUGCCACCUGCCCUGAGCCGGGGAGGUCACCGGAGAGUGAGUCCCCCUCUCCCAUGUCAGCCGGGUCUCCUCCCUCCUCCUUCAGCUCCUCUGAUGAGGAGCUGGAGGAAGAGCUGCUGGGGGUCCUGCCAGGGCGCGCCCCCACCAGCACUGCUUGCGGUGCCCUGGACUGGUCCGUCUUCGACAAGGACCAUGACCUCUUCCCGCGGGGAGGCUCCUCGCACUUCGAGUUCCCGGACUAUUGCACGCCUGAGGUGACGGAGAUGAUAGCGGGGGACUGGCUCAUGUCCAGCAUCUCAGACUUGGUCUUUACCUACUGAGUCCCGUGCUCUGCAGGAAUCAGGUAUUUUGCCUUGAAGCCGCUGGAAGGCAGAGCUCCCUGCUCACCCUACCCCCCCCCGGCACACACCCACUCCUCGUCUGUCUGUCUGGCUCUCGCCUCGUGGCCGUGGGAUGCGUGGCUGACCGCCGUGGUUAUUUGCCCGUGAAAUGCAAACAUCUCAUCGGGUUUUCAUUGUCAGUGCCUGGCCCGUUCUCCCCGUGGCUCUGGCCGUGGCGGUGCUGCUGGCCAUGGCUGCUCCCAGCUGCUCCCAUCCCUGCCAGUGCUGCCCAGUGCUCCCUCCCGCUUGCUGGGCAGCCAGAGCACCCACACCGGCCCCAGCUCUUGGUGCCCAUCCCGCCCGAUUCCUUUGGGAAUGGCCAAUUCCUUUUGCUUUUUGACUGCAUUUAAAGCACAGUUUCAAUUUUUUCCUCUUCCCUGUUGUUGCAGCCCUUGGGGAGGGAUGCGGAGCCAUGCCUCCCUGCCCAACGCCCCAUUUCGUCGGGGUCCCCAGCUUUGCGGGGUUGGUGUCCCACAGGAUCAGCUCUUUCCCUGUGGCGCGCGCUCCCCACUGCUCACUUUGGGAAGAGCGAAGUUGCACACACGUGAUCCGCACGUGGAUGUGGGAGGCUGUGUUUUGCCUCUCGCCAGGCGGUUGUGCAGAAGGGGCUGUGCCGUGGGGGGAGUCCGUGCCCGGAGCCACCCCAAACCCUGGUGGGGAUGAGCCCUUCCCGAAGCAGCCAGCCCCCAUUUUAGCCUUGGACCGGGUGCCCGUGCAGGACCCACUCUGGGCUGGCUCGCUUUGGCCAGUGGAACCAGGUCCCACCGUGCCCGGCUGUGGCAGGCGAUGGUGGCGGGGAGCAGGAGGGCAGGGAUACUGCGGGAAAUCUGCCUUAAGCAACCACCCGGAUGGGGCUGAGAGCAGCGGCAGCGAUGCCGGUGAGUGCAUGGGGUGUGGGUGAUGCUCUGGCACGGUCCUCCAUGCAUCGCCGUGCCAUGCCCCGCUGCCAGCUUCACCAAGAGCAGGGCAUCCCGGCAGAGUGCUGCCAAGGAGAUUCCCGGCAGGAAAGGUCCAGCCGCAGCAGCUGCUCCAGCUGGCUUUUUCUUUGCUUUUCCUAAUGGCUUCUUCCUGCAACGAGCCACCUCCUCCGGAGCCAGGGAGCACGUGGCCGCAGUGCUGGCUCGGCGGUCAUGGGCUGCAGUUGUGGGGCAGGGGCUGCGCUCAGGUACGGCUGUGCUGUGGGGGGUGCCGGUGGGGACCCCCACCACCCUGGGCUGCCAGCCCUAUGGCCAUGGCCGGGGCUGGCAGCACCUGAAGGAGUCGUCCUGGGCUCAUCAGGGACUGCUGCUUGAAGCACCCUCUGACGUUUACCCUGGCCCCGAUUCUCCAAGGGCUCUGGGUGUGCACAAGCCCCUCUGGCCCUUUCUGGGAAGUGGGGUGCUGGGGGCAGCGGGGCACCUGCUCCCUGGGGCUCUGCCUCCCCGAUUUGGGGCUGCCGGUUCUGCUGGUCACAGGCGGCCCCGUGCUUGUCUGUUGCUGUGGGGCUGGAUGGAGCUGUGACCUGGGGAAGAGCACCCCCCACACCGGGUCCUGGCACCCCCCCAGUAUGGCUCAGAGCUGGGACCUGCCUGGCCUCACUGCCGGAGGUGCCAGUGGCCCUGGCUCAGCCGUAGGGAAAGGCACUGUGAUGCCGGGAGAGGUGUGUCCCCGGGCUCUUUGCAGGGAUGCUCGGUGUCCCCCAUCCCCAUCCCGGGUGGCCUUGGGGUCCCCGCCAGGCACCCCCCUGACGGCCAGCCAUCAGCAUUGUAGAUGUGUCGGUGUGUAGCGGUAGCUGUACGUGUGUGUGUCGGCAUUGCGUUAGCCAUGGUGUUUCAGUAGCCCCGGUGCGGGUGCCAGCCUGUGCAGGCAGGUGGGCAUCACGCAUCAGACACGUGUCCCCCGUAUAGAGCGCGACCCUGUCCCUGCCCCCCCGGCCGUUCCCCACCGGACCCAGUCCCACCCAAGGUGGAAAAGCCAAAUAAGCACCAGGCCAGCCGCAAUGCCGGCAGCCUGCUCCUGCCUUGCCGCCGCCCUGGGGGGGGGAUCUGCCUUCCCACUCCCCGGGGAGCCCUGUGCCAGGAGCACCCCAAGCCCCCUGCCAUGUGUGAGCUGGGGUUGGGGUUCCCAUGGGCUCCCGUGGCCCCGGGGCUCUCUGAUGCGCACAGAUGUUGCUCAGCACCUCGGUGCCUUCUUGGGGUGCGCGGCUGCCCUGUGCCAUGGCCAGGGGCGCUUGGGAAAGGUGCCGAGGCCACAGGUCACCUCUCCAUCCCCAUCUGUGGGGAAGCCAAAGCCCCCAGGUAUCAGCAGGGCCUGAAGCCGUAGCGAGGGUCCCACAUCAGACAUGUGCUCUGCCGGUCCUACAGCUUGGGACUGCAUCCCCUGUUCCCAGCGGGGACAGGGGUGGCCCAGGGUCUCUGCAGUCCCCUGCAUGCUGUGCAUCGCCUGUGGGCUGGGUCACUCCCUCCACGGACUGUCAGGUGAAACUUUUCCUCAGGAGCAGGUUCUGGGUCAGCACCAGAACCAGAGCCAGAGCCGGGCCCCCCCCCAGCCCUGGCCGCAAGCACAACACCAUCCGCUUCGUCCCUGUCCCCAUCUGCGUCCCCUUCCUGCCUCCUCCUCGAGACUCGCUGGGUGUGUUUGUCAGGGGAGAACCGUUGUGGACAGUGGUGGAUUUUCUGUGCUGUGUGGUUGUAGUUUUUAGAGACCCCCCCAGCGUGCAGACCCCUCCUGCUGCGCCCCUGCCUCCCCGCUGCCCGGUGCUGGCUGGCAUGCAUGUGCGAGCGUGUGUGCGUGCGCGUGUGACAUCCCGUCAUCACUAGAGACAAAGCGAAUAAUAAUAAUAAUAAUAAUAAAUUAAUAAUAAAAAUAAACCAAACCUCUCUCAGGAAGAAGCCGCCCCGGCGGCGGCCAAGCGGGCCGGGGGCCCCGGGAGCCGGCGGGGCCCCGGCGCAGCCUGCGGACGGGCACCAGCGCUCGGGGUCACCUUUGUAGUGUUGUGUUAGUGAAGGGUUCCUGUAUCUGUCGUCUUGGAGAAAUAGGCUUUUAGCCGAGGCACAGCCCCAGCCGCGGCCCGUUCCGGAGGGGUGUGACGCAGCUGGCUCCGGUGCUGCAGAAACUCGGCUAACGGUUAUCCUGACUGUUGUGAUUAUGGAAUAAAGUGUGUUGGUCUGCUC